AUGGCAAGUAAUCUUACUCGUACUCUUUUAUCUGGUUCACGAAUUGGGCAAACAAAUUUCCUUCGUAAGCUUAGUUCUAAAGGAUCAGGUAGCAAUGAUAACCCCUCAGGCGGUUAUGGAGGCAGUGGUCCAAGUUCUCAAGAAACAGGCGCGAAAGAGCGAAGUAGUCCAUCUUCUCAAUCAUCAGGAAAUGAUUUCGACAAAGACAAAACUCAAAACAUGAAAGACAUCACUAAAAAAGCAACUGAAUGGAUUAAGGAAACUAAACAAAGCUUGUCGUCCGACAGUGAUUUGAAGAAAGAUUCUGAUUCAGAUAAAAAGAAAAAUUCGCAUUAA